AUGGUGAUUGAAUUAUUCUCUGUAGAAUCAGCUAAAGCAAUCUUAGCUAUUCCUAUCCCUUACAGGCUUAGGCAGGAUCAGCUCAUAUGGGUGCUAGACCCUAAGGGAAUCUUCUUGAUCAAAUCGGUCCAAAAUGUCUCAUUCAAAUCCCCUAUUAGUGCUAAUCUCCAAAGUAGCCAUUGGAAGAAGCUUUGGAGGUCAAAGCUACCCAAAAGAUUAAGAAUUGGAGUUGGUGCUCUCCCUACAAAGGUGAAUCUGAAUCGAAGAUUUGACCACAUUGAUCCUACAUGCAUUUUCUGUAAUAAUGCGGAAGAAUCUCCUAUCCACCUCUUUUUUGGUUGUCCUUUCACCAAGGCUUUAUGGGCUUCUGCUUGCUGGGGUCUAUGCAUAAAAACCUCCUCCCUUGUCACUGAUGAGGACAUUAUCAAGCUGAUCUUAAUUCCUCCAAAUUCUCCCCUCCCAUCACAUGAUCAGUGGACCAUCUCCCUUAAUAUGGCGCUGAUUAUUGAUGAAAUUUGGAGGACAAGAAACCUAGUUUAG